AUGGCUGCCGCUUCCUGGGCCGCGCCCACCACCUCCUUCGCGCCGGCGCCAGCGCGGGGGCCGUGGAGGACCAAGGCGGCGCCUUUACCCAUCAGGACGCUUCCCCGCCGAGUGCUUCUCAACGCAGUUGGCGAAUCCGCCAUGGUUGCUUCUGGUGACACAUUGCUUGGUUUGUAUGAGAAAGAGAGGUUAGGUCUCUUGCAGUAUGCCGAUGACGAGUCUAAAGAAGAGAGGUACUGGGAAACCUUGGAUGCUGAUUUGCGUUACUGGACCAGAUCCCUGCGCCCAGUGCAGUGGUAUCCUGGUCAUAUUGCAAAAACAGAGAAAGAAUUGAGGGAACAAUUGAGGCUCAUGGAUGUUGUUAUAGAGAUCCGUGAUGCUCGGAUUCCCUUGUCCACCAGCCAUCCUAAGAUGGACUCAUGGCUAGGCAACCGGAAAAGGAUCAUAGUCUUGAAUCGCGAGGACAUGAUCUCAACUGAGGAUAGGAAUGCAUGGGCUACUUACUUUGCUAAUCAGGGAACCAAAGUUGUUUUCUCCAAUGGCCAGCUGGGCAUGGGUACAAUGAAAUUAGGUAGGAUGGCAAAAUCACUAGCAUCUGUUGUGAACACAAAGAGAAAGGAAAAGGGAUUACUUCCUCGUCCGGUUCGAGCUGGAAUAGUUGGAUAUCCAAAUGUUGGCAAAUCUUCCUUGAUUAAUCGCUUGCUAAAACGAAGAAUGUGCCCAGCAGCACCUAGGCCAGGUGUCACAAGAGAGCUGAAGUGGGUUCGUUUCGGAACAGACCUAGAGUUGUUAGAUUCACCUGGAAUUUUGCCUAUGCGAAUUAGUGACCAGACAUCUGCAAUCAAGCUUGCUAUAUGUGAUGAUAUUGGAGAAAGGUCAUACGAUUUCGCUGAUGUGGCGGCGAUUCUUGUGCAGAUGUUGAUAAGACAUCCUGCAGUAGGUUCUGAAGCAUUUCGAAGGCGAUAUAGGAUUGAUGUAGAUAGCGAGUGCGGUAAAACGUUUGUCACAAAGCUGUCGGUUCACUUGUUCAAUGGAGACACAAGCCAGGCGUCUUUCCGCAUAUUGUCGGACUACAGGAAAGGCAAAUUUGGAUGGGUGGCGCUGGAGAGACCUCCAACAUGA